CGUGUGUUUUCCCGCCCAUUCUUCCGAAACCAAUACUCCCAUUUUCUCUGCUUCUUCCGUGAAAAAAAAAUGAGUGCUCCUAUGGAGAUUUAUUUGCCAAACCCUCCCUUAGAAGCCCAGAUGUCUGAAUCAAAUGGCGUCGUCUCUGAAUCAGCUGCUUCUCCUAUUGUUAAUGAAGAAAAAAUUCUCGUUUCAGUCGAGGCGUGCUUAAAAUCCUCCAGCACCGCACGGACUGAAGAUGUCCGGUUGGCCAUUGAGAGAAUGCUUGAGAAGAGAAGUUUAAGCUAUGUUGAUGGGCCCAUUCCAGUGCCGCUUGAUGACGCUUUUCUCGCAGAAAACGUGCAAGGAAUCCGAAUUUGCGACUCUGAUGACGGUGUGCAAAACCAUGAUAUCCUCCUAUUCUGGCAAGUCAAACCUGUUGUUCAUGUGUUUCAGCUUAGUGAAGAAGGACCCUGCGAGGAACUUGGUGGGGAAGGACAGAUUUCUAGCUUUAAUGAAUGGAUACUUCCUGCGAAGGAGUUUAACGGCAUGUGGGAAAGUUUAAUUUUUGAGUCUGGUCUCAAGCAGAGGCUUCUGCGAUAUGCUGCUAGUGCUUUGUUAUUCACUGAGAAGGGUGUUAAUCCAUUUUUAGUGUCAUGGAAUCGGAUUGUCCUAUUACAUGGACCUCCAGGGACUGGUAAGACCUCUUUAUGCAAAGCACUGGCUCAAAAACUGUCAAUAAGAUAUCUGUCAAGAUACCCACAUAGCGUACUCAUUGAAGUUAAUGCACAUUCACUGUUUAGCAAAUGGUUUUCUGAAAGUGGCAAGCUGGUCGCAAAGCUAUUCCAGAAGAUUCAAGAGAUGAUAGAGGAAGAAGACAAUCUGGUAUUUGUUUUGAUCGAUGAAGUGGAGAGCUUAGCUGCUGCUAGAAAGGCUGCUUUAUCUGGUUCAGAACCUUCAGACUCCAUUAGGGUUGUCAAUGCGCUACUUACGCAGAUAGACAAGUUGAAAUCGUCACCAAAUGUGGUGAUCCUGACAACUUCCAAUAUAACAGCAGCUAUUGAUAUUGCAUUUGUAGAUCGAGCAGAUAUUAAAGCAUAUGUUGGUCCACCAACUCUUCAAGCGCGUUAUGAAAUUCUAAGGUCCUGCUUGCAAGAGCUUAUACGCACUGGAAUUUUGACUUCUGAGGGUUAUGACCACUCUAUGCUUCCUAACUAUGCUGGUUUGAAAGAGAAAAUAAGCAUUCCAGAGACUGCGAAGGUUGAUGUACCACUUCACAUCUGCCAACUAUUGCUUAAGGUUGCUGAAGCAUGCGAGGGUUCUAGCGGACGUUUUCUAAGAAAGCUCCCAUUCUUGGCUCAUGCAACUCUAGCCAAUCCACGUACUGGCGACCCUUCAAAGUUCUUGUUCGCAAUGUUGGAAACGGCUAGGAGGGACCGAACAGAGUUACCCGAAUGAACAUGUUAUCAUUAUUUAGAAGCUUCUUGUGCUUGUAAUUGAUGUUGUACGGAUAACAUUUACAUAUAAAGAUCUAAAUCUGUUAAUCAGUUGUAGAAGCUGACGCUACUUGAAAAGCCUACUGAAAAUACUCAUUGAGAGUUAAUGUCAGCUAUUCAUUGCGUAUACCGUUACGAGGACUCUUUCUGAAACUGUUGCAUUUCCAGAUUUCCCUGUUGUUUCCCCUUCCCCCCCCCGCCCCACCUUUUUCCCCUUUUUUUCCCCUCCCCUCUCUCUUCAUAACCCCCACUAAAUCAACUUUUUAAGACGGACAAAGCUAUAUAUGCAAAUGAUGUGAUUAAAGUUUUAUCCAUGUUUGAGAUCAUAAGGCUUCAUUUGUUUUAUUUAUUAUUCUAUAUGGUCAGUUAAAUACAUGGACUAUUAGGUACAAACUUGCAAGGAGAAAAAGCAGAAAAGAGAAGGCCUACAUGCCAUAACAUGUGAGAGGAGGAAAGCCCAAGAAAAAUCGGGUUCACUUUGACACAACCGACCAAAAGGGAAAAGAAAGGGGAGCCAAGAAUUUAAACUACAUAGAUAAAGACCCUUUUUUGAAGGGUCGUCUUUAACAGAAAGCCCAGCUUUGAGAAAUAAUAUCUGCUUCUUCUGUCUGCUAUCUCUCGCCAUGUUUCUUGCUUUCAAUAACGGUUCAAGGACGAAGCCAAUGAACAUUCUUGCUGCAGUAGAGAAGCCACAGACAGGUUUCUCUUUCUUGCAGUCUUUUGAAAUUGGAAGCUUUGUUUUGGUUGUUCCAAUAAUGGUUCGAAAAUUUAGACGUCCUUGUAAGCAGAGUGUUAUAAGAGUUCAUUGAUGAUCUCAUCCUUUGCAAAGGGGAAUCCAGCAUCCUGGUCCGAUUCAUGAAGAGUUCUUUCAUUUCUCAUCUUUAAAACAUGCAUACAUGCAUACUUGAGUUUCUACUCCCUUUCUUUCUAUCAAUUAUGAUCUAUUAUCAGAUCUGUAGUAAAAUAUAUAUAGUUAUGUUAUUCGCAACUGUUUUGUUUAUAUCAGAUAAUAUAUAUUAAGGUAUUGAGUGUAAUUUCUCUGCAUGCAUGUCUGCAUCUGCAGCUGAUUGAUAUAAUAAAAGUUUCUUCCCA